GGCCGUAUGCGUGGGUGGGGCCGGCUCGGUGGGGCAAUCCUGCCUUCUUCACGCUCGGCUCCGGAGGGACGGCGCGACUUAAAGAAGCGCUGCCACUGGGGAGUUAAAGGCGUUUGUGCCUUUAACGUCGUACCCCGGCCUCUCCCCAGCCUAGUCCGACCUGGGCUGCCUCCGCCUCUGCCUCCUCCUCCGCCGCCUCCCUCCGGUCCCAGCGCCUCUCCUUGAGCGGUUGGUGCUGUCAGGCCGCCGCGCGUGCGCGUGCCACCUCCAUUCUCUCCCCCCCCCUCCUCCCGCCGCCGCACCUGCCGGCACGCGACGAAACCACAAGCCGCGAAGCCGGCGCCGCGCUCGUGCCUCCUUUAGCCCCGGAGCUUCUCCUCCUCCUCCUCCUCCUCCAGUAACAUCGAGACGCGAAAGGCUGCGCCCGAGCGGAGUUGCCCACGCAAGGGCAGCGGCGGAGAUAUGAAGAUCAAAGAUGCCAAAAAACCAUCUUUCCCAUGGUUUGGAAUGGACAUUGGUGGAACGCUAGUGAAACUUGCAUAUUUUGAACCUAUAGAUAUUACUGCAGAAGAAGAGCAAGAAGAGGUUGAAAGUCUAAAGAGUAUUCGCAAAUAUUUAACAUCAAAUGUGGCCUAUGGGUCCACUGGUAUUCGAGAUGUCCACCUUGAACUUAAAGACUUGAUACUCUUUGGACGAAAGGGAAAUUUGCACUUUAUCAGAUUCCCAACACAUGACUUGCCUACUUUUAUUCAAAUGGGAAGAAAUAAAAACUUUUCCACGCUACAUACGGUGCUUUGUGCCACUGGCGGUGGUGCUUAUAAAUUUGAAGAAGAUUUUCGCACAAUUGGAGACCUCCAGCUGCACAAAUUGGAUGAACUUGAUUGUCUCGUCAAAGGCUUGUUGUAUAUAGAUUCUGUCAGUUUUAAUGGCCAGGCAGAAUGCUACUAUUUUGAAAAUGCAUCAGAACCUGAAAGAUGCCAAAAGAUGCCUUUUAACCUAGAUGAUCCAUACCCUUUGCUGGUUGUAAACAUUGGCUCAGGAGUCAGUAUUUUAGCAGUUCAUUCCAAAGACAACUACAAGAGAGUGACUGGAACAAGUCUAGGUGGUGGGACCUUUCUUGGUUUGUGCAGUUUACUGACCGGAUGUGAAAGUUUUGAAGAAGCUCUAGAAAUGGCAUCCAAAGGCAACAGCACACAAGCAGAUAAGCUAGUCCGGGAUAUUUAUGGGGGAGACUAUGAACGGUUUGGCUUACCAGGAUGGGCAGUGGCAUCUAGCUUUGGGAACAUGAUCUACAAAGAGAAACGGGAAUCUGUCAGCAAAGAAGACCUGGCUAGAGCAACUUUGGUUACUAUCACCAAUAACAUUGGAUCUAUAGCACGAAUGUGUGCUGUAAAUGAGAAAAUAAACCGAGUUGUCUUUGUUGGUAACUUUCUACGUGUGAAUACUUUAUCAAUGAAGCUUUUGGCUUAUGCACUGGAUUACUGGUCCAAAGGCCAGUUGAAAGCUUUGUUCCUUGAACAUGAGGGGUACUUUGGAGCAGUUGGUGCCCUUCUUGGAUUGCCAAAUUUCAGCUGAAGCUCAAAGCACCACAAUACUGAAUGGUUCUCUACCUUUCUGGCAUUAUUACAUAUUGUUUUUAUAUCAACUGGAAGAGCAGAAGGGCUGCAAUCUUUCUAUAAAUGUCUUUCACUGGAGGAUAAAACUAUCUCAUUGUUGACAUCUGGGUGCUCCUAUAAAGAAGCACAUAGUAGGGGAGUUGAUACGGCAUUCUCUAAUCCAUUUCAUCAACAUUCUCCAGCUUGGUGCCCCUUCUAAUUUGUCAGCUGGUAUAGUGGUUAAUUAUGCUGGUUGCAAUACACAAAUAAGGGGCAUCCAGCUGGGAAAUGCCAUAAUAGACAUUUAAUAUUCAGCAUGUGUCUUAAACUCAAAGGCAUAAUCUUAACUGUCUAGAUCCUUCAAUACUAACCCUGUUUUGCUUCAAAACUAUUCUUAAGCAAUUGGGAUGUAUGUAAUUGCACAAGGCUUGACGUGGCCUUGUGUUCAAGAGUUCAUUUAGAUUUCCAGUCAACUCUAAAACUGAUUUUAGCCAUGAAUGAAGAAAGGAUCUUUGAUGCAAGGUAUUGUGUUUCAAUGCAAGUAUUUACAGCAUGUUGAAAUACUUAUUCAGGCAUCAGUGUUAAGUUUCCAAACAUUAAACGUAAAAACAUCAGAAACGGUUUUGUACAAUUGAUUUAAUGAAUUGAACAAUCAAGAAUGUGUGUAUAACUACCAGUGGUAUAAACCAGACAUUACUUUCGCAGUUUCAAAGGAUGACAGGAAAAAAAUAAAACCCAUGUAUCUCAGAAUUACUGCUGUAAACAGUGCCAGCAGAUAUGACUGAAAUCAAAGCAGCAGUGGUGUGGCAAAGGCUGGAAAGGCAGAUCUUAAUAAGAUGCCUUUUGAUGUGACUUCCCAACUCUAAGAAAGUGAGUGGAUCUCAUGGAACCUCUAUUGACUAAGAAUACUAAGUUGGGACUAGGUUGUGUCCUUAAACCAUUGUGGCAGCUAUAGAGGUUGAACUGCAGAGUCAACAGUUCCAGUGUUCAUUGCACCCUAGUAAACUGUUCCAGUGGUGCAACAGUGUGGCCUUGAGAUAAACUCCUAUACUUACUGUACGGCACUUCGGAUACAAUGGUAAAGUUUACAAUAGUGGCAUAUUUAAUAGACUGCUGCAACAAAGCUUACCAUAAGACCUCAGCAAAAAAGAAUAAUCUCAGAAAAGAAACUUUCUAUGCACAAGGACGUAAUUAUUGUAUCCUGAAGGAAUAUGCAGUUACCCAAUCCAUGAAUUAAAAUUUUCUAGAAGGGAAUCUACCACUGACUAGAAUUCAUCUUGAGUUUUAGGUACUGCUUAUUUUACUUGAUCAAGAUGAUACACUAUUUUGGCACAUGAAUAUUUGACACAGCAAUAUCUAUAUGAAAACAAUUCCAGCAUUCUUGGAAGUUUGGUUGGUUUAGGUGGGUUUUUUAAAAAAAAUCAUUUGUCUAUAAUUAUAUUUCAAUGUGUUAAUAAUUGGUUUGUACUUUAUAGCAAUCACCUAAAAUAUUUUUGGUUUUUAGAACUUGGAAAUAAUCUCUUUAUAGCAUAGGGCAACAUCCAGAAAUUUGUAUGUACCUCACUGGUUUGAGGAAGUCAGAAAAUACAACUUCAGUAAAACAACUCAUCAUAAAAACAUUAUAGUUGAUUAUUUUAAUCCCAGUCUAUUUUACAAACUAUGAUUAAUUCCCAAUUCAUACCAGGAAAGUAAAAAGCUAUUGUUUUUCAUUUUGAGUUUUGAAACAAUAGAAGUGAACAGUUAGACGCCUUUUGUGUUGUGAAGAGACAUUUUUGGCACUACUAAAAAUGAUUUAUCAUACAAUGUUUUUUAAUUCAACAGGUUUACAUCAUGGUAACAUCAUAGGUUUGGAAUAAGUCCCAUAAAUGAAUUCAUUGGCAAUUAUUAUGUUAGACAAUUUCUAUUUUUAUUUUUGCAUUAUGUAAUUGCAUUUGUAAGAAUAGUGCUUUUACAAAAAUGCCAUUGCAAUGUUACAAAAUUCUGCCAUUGUUCAUGUGAAUUCAUGCUGUUAGCAACCUCAUUUAGCACUAUUGCAAGAGCUUUCUUGGUUGAGAGCAACAGAGAUUUCUCCUGAAAAGAUAAAGGAACACUCAGCUUUUUGAGGAGAGAAAAAAAUGUUUGGUAAACCAAGAGGAGGGACAUUUCUUUUUUUUCUCUCCUUGAGAAAUUCUGAGUGUAGUGGCUCUUAAAUCCCAACAGUCACAUGAGUGCCUUAAGGUUCCUUUUAGAGUUUCAGUGACAUGUUGAGCUUUUCCUGGCUUUGAAUAUUGGCAGCUUUCAAACAAAAUUCACCCAUGAUAGUGCAUUUUUUCUUUUUUCCCCAUUUUAUUUUCAGUUCUAACAGUCCCAGAGUCCUUUCUGGUAGUUAACAAUGUUCUACCUCUAUCCUUAGGGGAUAGAUUGAUUGAUUGAUUGAUAAACUCAAUCUCUUAAAAUAAGAGAAUGUUGGCUGCUAAGGAGACAGUUUUUAUUUCUUAAACCAGAUCAUAUUUGUAGUGUGCUGUUGGAGCUAAUAAAAUUUUUAAAGAGUAUUCCAUUAAAGUACGGUUGGGUAAAGUUUCUCAAAUGAUCAUCCCUUAUUAAACUACUGAAUUAGAGCAUUAAUGGACCAGUUUUUCCCCUUACAUUCCUUGAAUUAGUUCUCAUUUUUAUGUUGCCUUUUUAAGCAUUCCAUGAAAAAAACAAGAUUGUAUAAAAACCCGAUCACUCUUUUUAUCCAUUUCAGAAUAUAACAAGAGUGAUCCCGUUGAUUUGUUAUAAGGUUGUAGUGUGGAUUGAUUGCACAGUCUUUUUGAAUCUCACUGAUCAAAUGAAUUGAGAGUAGUGUGUUGGUCCUUUUCACUGUACUGCUCCUUAUAUCUUCAAUAGUAAGAUUGUUUUAUGACCAUUCGCAAAUUCUUUAUAAUGCUUAGGAUUGGCAAAUUUAGUGCUUUGCCAACACCAAGCAUUAUAAAACCUUAUAAUUUGGCAAUGCAUAUAAAAUCGAACUGCAUUUGAUCAGUGUUCCUUAUGUGUUUUGGAUUUGGUUUGUAGGGUGCAAUUAAAUGUUUCAGGUUUAGCAUGAUGUAAUUUAAGGUGAUCAUCUCCAAAACAUGCACCAAAACAUUGUUAGUAUCAACUGUAGGUGUUUUUUUUUUGUUUUUUGUUUUGCAAUAUUCUUUCUUGGAUUAGAUAGAUGUAUUAAAAGGGAAAGAAUCAUGCCCAUUGAAAGACUGAACAGCAACAUGCUAAAUUUUAAUGUGAGUGUACUUCUAUUACACUGUUCUUUAAAGUUAAGUGUUUGGAUUUUUUUUUAAAAAAAGAUUUUACUUAGAACCAGUUGAAUGACCACUCUCCUAAAUACUAAUUAAUUGUUUCGUAGAUAGUAUAUUUAUAAUUUAAAUGCUGAAUUCAAUAUAUGUUUUACUAGGUAAAUUACAUAAUUUAGAAUUAGCUUUCUAAAAAGUCAGCCUCCUUUUAGGAUUUAGUAUUUUUGUUCUUAAAUGGAAAUUAAUGCUGUAUGGAUGGUAGAAUUUUAGGAAGUAGAUAGGGAUUAUGACUAUAAAGUAAUCUUCCAUUAAAAGUAACACCUUUCACUUCCAUUCUAAUGAGCUAUACUAAAUCUAGCUUUACUUUUAAGUAUAGAAUUUUGAUAAAACACAAUGAAUGUUCAUACUUCUUUGAUACUUCCCCUUCUGCCUCCCCCACCCCAUCCUUGUCAUAUGCAUGUUACACAGUAGCCUCAACUUAUUUAUGCCUGUUGUAAAUUAAAAGUGACUAAGCUUUUGCAUUGCAAACCUUCUGUUUUGGGGAAACAGAUCCUUCCUCAGUUCAGAAGUGACCUCCUUUUAAGUAUGUUGUAGAAUGCAUUGCAGCACAAUAUGUGUUCUUACUCGAAAUAAUAUACUUUAUAUUCUAAAUGGUUAAUCGGAAAUCAGUAGGAAAGCUUGCAAGCAAGCAUUCUUCUUGGUAAACACCUUACUAAUUAUGUUAUGUUAACACCUUACGUUAAUUUUCCUUAAAAAUUAAUACUUUGGGACAUGUUUGAGAUGCAGGAAGUAUCCCUCUUGGUCAGUUGUUGGUCACAUGAUUGACAUGCAUUAAUUGAUCUAUUUCCAAAGGUUUUGCCAAAUAUUUGAACACAAGCCUUAUUUCUACAAGUGGUGAUGAUUCACAUCUCUUACCACCUUUGCUGUGUAUUUUGUGCAUAGGGGACAAGUGGAGAGGAAUCUAGAAAGCUGCCUUUAUUAAUUCAAAAUGUUCUCCAUCUUAUUCAGUAUUACCAACAUGGACUGGCAACAUUCCUUGUUGUGUCAGGCAGGUGUCCUUAUCAGUUUUACUGGAGAUUCCAGGGAAUCAACCUGGGACAUUGGGGUAUUGUAUAAAGCAGCUCCUCUACUCUUCAGCCACAGCCUCUGGGUUACUUGAAAAUAAAUUAUAAAAGGAGUGCCUCAAUUACUUAACCACAACUAGAACUUCUCAUGAAACAUAAGGCUGAGAACAUCAUAGCUUUGUGCGCCCAUGCUAUGGGAAAGUUAGAUCAGCUUGGCUCUACAGUAUUUUUAUCCUUGGUAUGAUGGAGGCCAAUUUGAUACAGGACAGAACUAGUGCUGCCUUAGCUAAAUAGGAAAGCAACAAUCUAGAACUCUAUUACUCAGUCGUACUCUUUGAAUUGUACUGGACUACAUUAUGACAAAGCAGAAUUCAGUUUUGGGUUGUGCAACAUGUGCCCAAGCAGCUGCUUAUACAGUAACACCUGGAACUUCUUUUAAUAGGAGUUUAGGAGAAUGAGAAAGAGAGAUACAAAGCUGUGGAAAGGAAUUCUGGUUAGUUUAAAGCAGCUUUUCGCCUUCCAGAUGGGUUAGACUGCGGCUCCCCUUAUUUCCAAAGUUUGAACUCUGGGUUAUAAACAAAGAGUAUUAAAAAUACCCUGGCAAGCCCCAAUUCAGACAAUUUAGCCAGAGGAAAGGAGUGUGUGUUUGUGUGUGUAAGCACAUGAGUCCUGUUCCUUGUUUGUACUAAAUCACAUUCAACUGUUAAAACAGAAAACUUGCAGCAGUACUGGAAUUGAUCCUUGGAGUUACUUUUAUGUACUAAACAGUUAAGGGUCCUAAAUAAUGAAAUAACGGUUACCUGAAGUAUUAGCCAAUAACUAGGGGAAAAAAACACUGUAAACAGCAGUCUCUUCUAUUCUCUCUCCUUGCUUUUUCUGCUUUCUUUCUACUUUCUGAGGGAAAUGUGUAGCAAGAUAUAGGCAGCACAGCAGGAAGGAUUAGGCCCUGGAGCUUCCUGAAGGGAGUGCAAAAACAUAUGCAUACCUCCUUAUGACUUUAGCAUUUCCCUUUGGACAGGAGAAAGUUCCCUGCAGAAGGGCAGUUCUUUAUUUGGCUACCCUAAAUUCUGCCUUGGAUUUCUUUCUCCACAAGUGACCCAAAGAGAAGUGGGUACAUUCAAGGAGGCAGCUACACUGGUAGAUGCUGCUGCUGCUCUACUACUCUUUCUUAAUAACUCAUCUGCCGAUUCAUCCUAGUCUUUGGCAUUUUAGAAAGAAGGAGGGAAGGAAGGGAAAAACAAUAUCAAGUUGUGAAAAUGAACUACUUGGGCCUAGUCACCAUUACCACCAGGCCACUGAGCGAAUGAGAUGAUGUAGCUGCUUCUCUGAUACUCUCUUUUGCUUAGUGUAUUUUGCGCCCUCUCUUUGUUAAGAUGUCCUGAAGGUAGGUAGAAAUAUGACAUAAGCAUGCUUUAUCAAAUGCUUGUUAAAAGUCAAAUGUAGAUAAGACCCUUAGUAGCCCUAGAUGAGCGGCAUGGAAAGAAACUAAAACAAUCACAAGUGAGUCUAACAUAAAACUAUUUCUCAUCGUCUUAUUUCAAGCUCUGUAUCUUGUAGUGAGGAAUUUGUCAUAAAACGCUGUAAUUAGCAUAUGUAUGAUAAAACACACAAUUUUAUUUCCAGAGUUACAAAAAAGAAUUGUUCUUGGGUUCAUCAAUCAUUGUAGUUCAGGUGUGUUUGCGUAAAGACCAUGAUUUAACCAACAUAUCCCAUGUUAAUUGAAUCCAUUGCUGUGUUCCCUACCAAUUUUUAUUAUGAAAACAAUUUUUAAACUUCGUGUUGUAUUUUGGUUAAACCUAUCAUUCCUAAAACUUACUAAAAUUGCAGACAGAGAUUUUUUGGAAUCAGAAUGAAUUUAACUUUUUAUUUUAAGCAGUGAAAAGAAAUGCAUUUUAAGCAAUAGUUAACAUGCUGCAGUUAGUGAUAAUUACUAAGUGUUUUUUAAAUGAAAGUUUUAUAGAUGGCCUAGUUUCAAUAUUCAAGACACUUUAAUAUCCAUGUUAUUUGGAAAUAGAGAAGAUAGUCUUCAUAUUUCCCAGCAAAGUUGGCAUUUUAACUUUUUUUUAAAAAGGAAAAAAAUCCAAGUGUCUCAAAUUGUACCUAGAAACUCCAUGACAAGCUCUUAUUUCCAAAAUGUAUGUAUAAUAUACUGUGAGAAUCAUUUCCCAUAUAUUGCCUUAUUUUGUUGCAGUAAACUUACUGUCUAGGCUUUUAGGAUUCUGACAAUGGUGUAAAAAUGUAUGUUUUGCAAAUUUAAAUCAUACUUACUAAAUUAUUUAACAUAUCUUUUGUAAAGUGUUUAAUUUAUUUUUAAUGUCAAGGCUUUUCUGUAUUGUUUUCAUGCAACCAAAUAAUGGAAACCUAUGCUGCAUUCAUUCCCAUCAAAAUUGUAUAAAAAUUCCUGACAGCUUGCAUGAGUAAAUGUGAAAUCUAAUUUUGUUGUUCAAUUAUGGGCUUUUGUGUGUUUUCCCAGCUUUAGUGUUCUGUAGACAGAAUUUUAUUUUUUUUCUAAAUAAAGUUGAAUGGACUCUA